AUCCGCCAUGUCUGUCGCCAUCUUCUGGUGAAUUUUAGCUAUAUUACGAAAUUUUCCGAGAUUUAUGGCUCGAGAAGUCACUUAAAACUUUCAUCCAAUUUCUAAUGAAACUUUAAGUCAUGGAGUGACCAUGACGCACCCCAGUUUCGUUACAAACGGGGCGAGUCUCGAGGACUGUCAUACGAAUUUCUUUGCACUGGCCGAUUUGUGUGGAAUAAAAUGGCGCCGUCUAUGUGCUGACAGUAUUUUAUGUGUGGACCCACUGGACGACCCUGUGUUAUCUUCUUACAGUAAAUGUCUAGCCGCUGGCAUUCUGUGUGUUUGGCGGCGUGUAGCCUCGCGACCUGGCCCUGACUCUCAUCGCCCAGCGGACACAAAUCAAUUGAGUUAUAACAAAGAAUUGUGGAUAUUUUGGUACGGGGAAGAACCCGAUUUGUCUGGACUAGUGUCGGGUCUAACAGAAGGGGACCAAGGAUCAUUGGAAAAUGGGCUUUCGUAUGAAAGCCGAACUCUUCUGUUUAAAGCUUUUCACAAUUUGAUUGAAAGAUGUCUUUUGUCUCGUGGAUUUACAAGGUUAGGAAAGUGGUUCCUGCAACCUUUGGAACCAGGAGAUCAAGCAGGACAAAGCAUUCAUUUCUCCUUCUCCUUCAAAUUCUUUAUUCAUGGUGAAAGUACAGUCUGUACAGCUGUUGAUGUCCGACAACAUCCUGCUGUUUAUAGACUAACCAGGAACCACCUGUUUCAUGCACAGAGCUCCCACUCUGGUUUAGCCGUUAUUCUGAGUCCAUAUGGAAUGGCUGGAAGCUUGACUGGCCAGAGUUACAAAGAAACAGAUUCUGGAACUCAGAGAUUACUUGGAGAGUGGAGACAAUUUUAUCCAUUGGCCAAUAAGGAUGAGAGCAGUAAGGACUGUAGUGGUGAAGAUGAUUCACUGCCUUGUGCUGUUGAAGUUAUUGUUGGUGGGGUUAAAAUGAGGUACCCUUCUUCUUAUGUCUUAAUUGCUGACAUUGAAGAAGCCACGUUGUCAAGAACUUCAGUCCCUGUAAACCAUGUUUCGGCAAGUAACAUACCUAGCUUUCACUCUGCUGUGCAGCCGUCCCUCAAGUCUGGUUUUCAUGGUGGUGUCCUGACUCCUCCAACAUCCCCUCGUGAUCCUUCAGCAAUGAUAGGAAAUUAUUCUACCACCAAGCACACUUCAUUAAGUACAACAUUGAUUACAGGUUGCCAGCCACGUUUUUCAGUCUCUUUCAAUUCACAUAUUCCUACUACAUUUAGCAUGAGAUCGGGUGUUUGGCAAGACAGUACAACUUUCCAUCGUGUAGGAUUUGUACCUCCUCCAACAGAAAGCACUGGGGUAGAGGAUGUGAUUGGUCAAUGGAACUUUUCUGAUCCCUGUGAGCAUGUGGAUUGCUCAUGCUAUAGGUGUAAGAAUAAAGGAAAAAGUGGAGUUUCUAACAAGUCAGGGUUGGGGAAUAAUAGUUUAGGAAACCUUCCAAGUCAAGGUGUCCCCACUAGUGAUGGAGAAAAUGUUGGGAAAACAACUCUGACAAGUACAUCUACUGCUAAUGCUUCCCGUAAAGGAGACAAGUGUGAUAAAGAAAGAUCUCAAGCACGUGCUUUCCGAGGAACAUUCCCUUUUCACAAGCGAAAUCAACCUUUGGAAGGACUUGAUGCUGUUGAUCUAGACAGCUGUUUUUCAUCUCGAUUCUUAGAUAUUUCGUCGGGAAGCCCCGGUACCAUGACAUCAGGUUCCAACUCGAACAUUAUGUUUAACUACAGAUCUGGGGUAGUGGCUCCAUCCACACCUUGUACCUUACCUCAUUUAAACACUACACACACUCAGCCUUCAUCUGUUGAUUCUGCUCAUCCUGGGACCCCCACACCAAGUUUACUUGAAGGCCCUAAUUCUCAGGACCCAACAAUGCCCACUCUUUCACCCCAUCCACCACAUAUAAAGGAAGAAUAUGAAUCUCAGGACCAAGUAAUCCAUACUCAUAGUCCUGCAGUUUCAACAGUUACUGUCAAUACCAGUAGCAUGAGGGAUAAACCUCCAACUGAUCAGCAGGUCACGUCACCGUACCAUACUUCCCUAAGUGUAGGAGAUGCUAGCAAGACAUCUGAGGGCUCACCAGCUACAACAGUAGUGAAUCACUGGUCAGCAGUUGACGAUCCUGUAGUAGGUUCCCAGCCCAAACUUUCUGCCCAAGGUUUAAAAAGGCCAGUAUUACCAUUCAAAACUGAACUUGUUGAGCUGGAAGAGGAGGUUCAAACUAAACUUUUGUACGAUUUCUGUAGCAUACAGUCAGUUACUUGGGAUCUUCCAGCCAAUAAAAGGAGAAAAAGGACAGGAUCUGAUUCCUGCUGCAAGCAAGAAAAUCUCAACAAUCCAAUUAGUCCCUACCCCUUUUUGGGACCUGGUCCUGGUCCAAAACAGUCUGAAGAAACUGAAUCUUUGCCUGCCAAACCAAAGGAUCCUUAUGAGUUUAAUGUUGAGUUUGAAGAAUACAAAGUGAAUCCUGCUUCAAGUGGAUCAACAUUCAGAGUUAAAAUGGAUAUUGUAUGUAAGGAAGAAGAAAAGCCAAAAGAACAAGUAGUACCAGCCCCAACAUCAGAAGCCACAGUCUUAGAUCAGCCUAAAAGUAAUUCAGUAAGUGAACUUUCAUCGGUGACAUCCCCACUUACACCACGCACUCAAGGUUCCAGCUUUACAAAAGUGGAGCACCUCCAACUCACUGGACGAGACUUGGAGAACAUAUUUGAUAGCUGUUCAUCUGAUGACAGCAAUGGUGAUUUGCUGACUCCUGGAGCACCUAAAAUGAUUAAUAGUGACGACCAACAGUCUGGAAAGUCCAGUAAGAACAAUACAUAUAAUACAGGUGGAAUUCUUGGGGCAGCAGAAUUAGCAACUAUGUUUCCCACUCCUCCAUCCCUAGAACAUUUAGCUACUCCCUCUCCUUCUGGACCCAUGGGAGGUGGUGACAUCACUACAAUGGAUGGUACAGAUUCUUUGUUUCUUAGAGAUCGGACAGAUAUUUAUCCAAAUUAUGGAAGCCCUGGCUUUGAACCUGUUAGAGAUUGGUCGUACGUGUACAAACGUCCUACUCAGUACAGGUUUGUGAGCUCAUCACGUUAUGCUCCUUUAAACAACCUUCCCAGCUCAGUACAACCAAUUGUCACCUUUUCAUCAGACUGCAUCUACAAGCCUGGAUGGCCUCAUCCUCCAUCAUUUUCAUCAUUGGUAACAUCCUCACCUGUAGACCGGCCAUCAUCAAGGUAUCAUAAUUCAUCACUGCCUCUCUCUGAAGGUGAGCACUUGUUUACUUUUGAGUCUGACCAGAGGUCAGUGCCUAUGAAUUACGAAUUGCAGUCACCAGCAUCAAAUGCAUCUUCCUAUUUGAACAAACAUUUGAAUUCUAUUGACAACAGUACAGUAUCCUCUGUCCCAGAAGCUCAUAGUUUGUUAGUGAAUCUUGUCCUCUCAGACUCCAUGUUUAACCUUUUCAAGGACCACAACUUUUCUAGUUGUACAUUAUGUGUAUGUAACAUGAACAUCAAAGGUGCCGACACAGGGAUCUACCUGUUAGACUCCAUGUUGCCUUUUUCUACUGAUGAACCUCAGUACAAAUGUACAUGUGGGUUCAGUGCAGUUGUAAACAGACAUCUCAGUUACCACUCAGGUUUAUUUUACGAAGAUGAAGUUGAGGUAACAGGGGUUCCAUAUGAGCCCAUACAUCAUCAUCGGAAAGGUUUGAAAACUUUACUAGAACCUUCAGUCAGAAGGGAAGUGAACCAGGUAAAUGGAGCAAUGCAUUUAACAAAAACAUUAGACACCAAAGAGAUAACAGCUCUAAAUCGAAUACCCCACCAUGUUCUGGAUAUGAUUCGAGACCAGUGUCAAACAAUUCAGUCUGCCUACUCAUGGCUGAACAAAGCAGUCCAGCUGAGAAGUGCUAGUAAUCCAAUAGCUUUUUGGAAUCACUUAGAACUAAUGGACCAGUGUCACAUCUGUUUCCUGGCUUUGGACAGUGCCUGCCAGCUAAUGGAUAACAUCAAUAAUAACAAACUUGAUGAAAGGCUCAAAUCAUCUUGUCUUCAUAAGUGGCCCUCUUUGUCAGGUAAACUGCCAGCCAGUGACCAGGAUGUCCUUCGCUUACUGCGGAUGAUUCAACCUCUGCUUCAAGAAGCAGUACAGAAGAAGAUCAUGCAGGGAUUAUUUGAAGUAGCUUAUACGGUAUCUGGGCCCUUAACAUGGAGACAGUUUCAUAGACUUGCAGGCAGAGGAACUGAAGAUCAGUGUGAACCACAACCUAUUCCUACACUACUUGUAGGGUCUGAUAAAGACUGUUUGGCUCUCUCUCCCUACACACUUAAGUUCUGGGACAAGUUACUUCUGGAACCCUACUCUUUACCAAAAGAUGUGGCAUACAUUGUUGUAGCCCCCGACAAUGAGUUUAUCUUAAGCCGUGUAAGGAACUUUUUCCGGGAGUUGAGUAGCAUAUACGAGUUAUGUAAGCUGGGUCGACACAGCCCCAUCACCAAAGUUCUUCGGGAUGGAAUUAUGCGAGUGGGGAAGUCAGCUGCCAAGAAAUUAGCGGACGAACCUGUUGAUGAGUGGUUUAAUAUGAUUGGUGAUAGUCAAGUCGCCAGUAAACUGAAGUUAUAUGCUCAGGCUUGUCGACAUCAUCUGGCUCCAUUCUUAGCUGCCCAAUCACUGGAUUGCAGUCUGCUGGCCAACCCAGUUCAUAACUAUUCACCUAGUUGUAAACCAUCAGUUCUUGGAGCUUCACCAUUACCACCUGGCACACCAGAAAGUCAAGAUAAGGAGCGAGCCUCCACGCCUAAACCCCAGGAAAAUGAUAGUCAACAGGAUGGCUACAGCAGUGCAUCAGGAAACUCUGGUCUCCACUCGCAAGAUCCUUUGGAAAGGGAAGAUGAGCAACACCCUCCUGCCUUAGUCAUCUACAUAAUUGAACCAUUCACCUAUGGCAGCAUAGACAAUGAUUUAUAUAGACUAGCCAGUGUGGGUCUUCUUAGGUGUUACACCCAUAUGUUGAAGUUUUUACCAGAGCAUAUUAAGAACAACAUCCACCUUCAGAUGGUGAGGUUAGACUCUCUUCUUUGUUUGGGUAAAUCUGAAGCCAAAAGUCAUAAUCAAGAUGAGCUGAAAGCUUUGGCCUUUUCUGUGUUCUCUCAGUGUCCACGUCUUCUCUUCAACCAACCAGGCAUCAAAUCCCUGACAGGAUUUGGUCCUGCUGCCAGCAAGGAACUGUUUGUCAAGACGAAGGAUGAGAAAAAUUCGGGACCUUAUAGACUAUACAGCCCACCUUUCAUUUUGGCACCCAUGAAGGACAAGCAGACAGAGUUGGGUGAAAUGUUUGGUGAUCGCCAAGAGAAAUCCAACAUUUUGUUCUGUACUUAUUGUUUAGUAGAAGACCAGAGAUGGCUGGUAGCUUCCUGCACCAAUGAUAAAGGAGAACUUCUUGAAACUUGUAGUAUAAACGUUGAAAUUCCUAAUAGAACGAGAAGAAAAAAAGCAUCUUCCCGAGGGAUGGGCCUCCAUAAACUUCUUAACUUCCUUCUUGGUGUGAUGUCUUCCACAGUCCAGCCGUGGCGGCUGGUGGUUGGUCGAUUGGGUCGCCUAGGUCAUGGUGAACUGAAAGACUGGGCAGCUCUCUUGAGUCGACGGUCUUUGUUGCAGUACAGCCGGCACCUGUGGGAACUGUGUCGGCAGUGUGCUGUCUUGGGACCUGCUGACACACCCUGUAUCCUUUCGGCAUGUCUGGUUUCCUUAGAGCCCGACUCAGCACUUCGUAUCAUGCCUGGAGAAUUCACCCCUGAUGAUCAUUUUAGUAGUAGCUGCCAUUCUUGUGAUCUUAGUACACCAGAGGAUGCCAGUUGCACUCACAUAUUGGUCUUCCCAACCUCAGCUACUGCCCAGUCCACACAAGCAGCAUUUCAUCAAGAGCAUAUUGAGCCACUGGGCACAACUUUUGGAGAUGAUGACAUCUUUCAGGCUCUAAAUGAUGAUGAUAUCAAUGUUGGCCCAGAUAUUAAUGACCUUUUUAGAUGGACAGAGAGUCCAACACAAAGUCCAGUUGGUUCUCCACGCCGAGAUUCUGCUUCUCAACUAGGAAGUCCCAGUGGUGUUGGUGGUAGACAUUCACCUUUUCCACACGGUGGAGUUACUAGGAGUUCUGGUAGCUUGGGAGUUGAUGCACAAGAGGAACCACUUCAGCUAUUACAGCAGCCAUUAGCCUUAGGUUAUUAUGUGUCCACUGCACAGACUGGACCUUUACCCAGUUGGUUCUGGUCACCUUGUCCUCAUCUCAAAGAUUCAUGUCCUGUCUUCCUUAAGUCAGCCCUGUUAAUCCACUCUCCAGCAGUGCAGCAGAGUUCUGAGGAUCUACUCCACUCCAAUCCUCACAUACGAAACUGUCAUCCACUCGACUCAAAUCUUACCACUGAUGUACUCAGGUAUGUUCUUGAAGGUUACAAUGCCUUGUCUUGGCUGUCCUUGGACCCCGUUACUCAUGAUCGUCGCUCUUGCCUGCCAGUCCACAUCCAGAUCUUGAUGCAGCUCUGUCACGUGAUGGAAGCAGUUGUGUGAAGAGCUGUUAACCUAUUCUAGGUCCUCAAAUUAUCUUCUCUAGCCCAACUUGGUAAAGGCAACGAGAACAAAACCACAUAUCAGGGAAGUCCUCCAGUCGUGCACUGCCACUCUGGGUCCAUGUUAAGGCCACAGUCACAAACCAGCAUGUGUAUAGGUCAUGAGCAUUGUGAAAUGAUUGGGGAUAGGUCUGUUAAAAUGUUAUAUAGGAAAAGUUAUGCUUUAUUGUUUGAGAAACGUAUCACAGCACGUUAAAUAAACUGAACAUAUAUCACACACAUGGGAAGAAAGAUUCCCAUCAGAGACUGCAGUACUAUUUAUUUUGUAUAUAUCAGCACUCAUCAGACAUCUGCACAGAAAUAUAUUUACUUAAGAAAUUGUAUCUUCUCUGAAGAAGAUACUUGACUUUACUCCAUCUGUGACUAGAAUAUAAUUUAAUAUCUAUUAAAAUGGCCAGAAUCGUGGAGUGUUUACAAGUCUUCAUCAUUUGUACAGUUUGUGUAUAGGAAUGUAGGCUAUACGAGUCUUGCUAAACAAUCAUGGUUAUUACUGAGAAUUGUCAAUUUAUUGUAUGUGUAUGUAUUACAGAGGGUGAUCGUGGUGUAAAAGUUUCAUACAUGCAUUUAUUAAAAGAAAACAGUUUAGUAGAAAUCUCAAUACAUUGAUCACAAACUCAUUAUCAUUUUGGAAUUUAGAUAGCAAGAAAUAAAACUUUUAAAUUUGUAAAAUGAACUCUCUUUCCCCUCCCUUUCAUAUCAUUUUUUUUAUGGUUACUUUUGUUCUAAAAACCUUAACAUAUUGAUUUUUCUUUUAGCCAUAUUAUUUGAUAAAGUAAGGUUGGUUGAACUUGUAUAUAAACUUCAGAAAUAGCAGUCUGGGUUUAGUAACAAAGUAUGUGUAAUUUGUCUAAGUUCUCCAUUGCCAUGCCAAGCCACAGCCACAAGACUUGGCUGAGACUUGGCCUGGAACUGGGAUUCGUAUAUUUAUUUUGGUAGCUGUUUCUAGCCUACCAUGCUCAAUAAUAAACAUCUAUACAUGAAACA